GCGGCGCAUCGUCGCGUCACGGUUUCCACCCGCAGUUUUCCGCGUUGCUUUGAGCGCGAAGGAACGGGCGAAGCGAAGGCUCGCUUCGGGAUAACGUGCGAUCCCAUUAACGCCGCACACAUCGUUCGACAUACUAUAAGAAUGCAAGGAGUUGCGGUUUGCGAAAUUUUCGCGCGAUGGAAGACUGGGUCGCGGCGGUCUUCGAAUCCGCGCGAGCUGUCCCGUUCCACAUUCGACAAUUAAGGAUAAUUGCCUCGCGUGGAGGAAUGUCGCUUUUGGAGGACUGUAACUGCGGGCUUCCACUUUCAUCGUGAGAGGAGAUCAGGCCCCGAGUAGAAACUGAAUCUCGUGACGAUGUGGACGAUUCUAUUGCUACUGGUCUCUACGUGGUCUUCGUCAUGGGGUCAGGUGAUAAACAGGGCGCCCCACUUCAUACAAGGCGGAGACAUGGCCAGGUUGGCCGUGUCGGAGGGUACACCACCUGGCGCUCCCGUUUACACUCUUCAGGGAGAAGAUCCCGAAGGAUCCAGACUGCAUUACUCCAUCAGCGGCGAGUAUUUCACCGUAAACAGGGAGACCGGUGUGGUAAUUUUGAGGAGAGCUCUGGACAGGGAAACGCAAGACCUCAUCGAAGUCAUCAUCAGCAUAACAGACGAAGGUAUCGCUGGUUCGGAACCCAACACGGUGUCUCUUCGUCGUGAGAUCGCGGUGCUCGACGAGAAUGACAAUCCGCCUAUGUACCAUGGCCGACCGUAUGCGGCCAGGGUGCCGGAGAGUGCCCACGUGGGUGGCUUGCUGCUUCCUGAAGGCACGAUCACGAUCACCGACCGGGACGGCGGCGUGAACGCCGACGUGCACGUGCAAUGCGUCGCGUCGUCGCGUGAUGACGACGUCUGCGAGGUCUUCGACAUCUCCACGGAGAAGCUGGCCGAAGGCAGAUACGACGUGCAGAUCACGUUGGCGAAGCCGUUGGACUACGAGAGGAGGAAUUCUUACUUGAUCAAUCUGCUGGCGGUCGACGGAGCCAGUGACCCGCUGAAGCGGCUACAGGCCCGAGCAACCGUUGCUGUCGAUGUCCUCGAUGUUCAGGAUCAGCCACCCGUUUUCCUGAAUGCGCCCUACAGCGCGGCGCUUCCGGAGAACACCGCAGCUAGUCAUACGGUCCUGAUAGUGCGAGCGCGAGACGGUGACACCGGCGAGUCGAGGAAUCUGUUGCUGACGUUGGAGGACGAGGACGCAGGCCACUUCGAUCUUGUGGUGUCCCGCGAUGGCGAUGUCACGAUCGGCCGGUUGGUCACGACCAACGUCUCCUUGGAUCGUGAGGACCCUAGGAUCCUGCAGAACGGCGGCAUUUACACCUUCCAAGUCAAAGCGACCGAGCUGAUCAACAACGAGAUACCGGCCGAUACCGCGACAUCGGUCGUGACGAUCGUAGUCACGGACGUGGACGACCUCGUGCCGGUUUUCAACGAGGAUUACUUCAGCAUCAGGAUUUCCGAGGAUAUCGGAAAGGAUACUCCGUUACCAGGUCUGAAUAUAAUUGUGAGCGACGGUGAUGUGGGCGACAAUGCCAAGUAUCUUCUGGCGUUGCGAGAUGUGCCGAGGUAUCCUGGAAUUAGCAAGGCAUUCACCGUCAGCCCCGAAGAGGCUCAGGGCCGAGUGCCGAUUGUGAUCAAGGCUAAGGACGUCAACGUUCUCGACUACGAUGUGGACGACCCCGCGAAGAGGGAGCUCGAGUUUGAGGUUAUCGCGAUAGUGGCGAACAGAGUGGUGGCCACCACUAGAGUGCACAUCCAGCUGUUGGACGCCAACGACCACAGUCCCGAGUUCUCGCAGGCGGUGUAUAAACUGUCGGUCCCUGAAGACGCAGAACCGGGCACUCGUUUCGGCGACGUUUACGCGAGGGAUUACGACAGCGGCUCUUUCAGCAAGUUGACGUACACGCUGCGUGGUUUCGGUGCGGACAAGUUCAGCACCAACCCGCAGGUGGGUGGCAUAUCCGUGGCGAAAAAGCUGGACUACGAGACACAGAAGUCCUACUCCCUGACGAUGGAGGCGAAGGACGGGGGCGGUCGAGUGUCCGCCGUUAAUAUUCUCAUCGAGCUAGACGACGUCAACGACAACCAGCCGGUGUUCGAGCAGGCGGAGUACUCGAGGACAAUUCGCGAAGGCGCUACCAGCUUUGACCCGCAGGUGUUUGUCAGGGCGACCGACGUCGACGGGCCGACUCAGGGAAACGGGAGAGUCACGUACUCGAUCAGCAGACACAACAGCAUGACGGACGACGUCUUCAAGGUUAAUCCGGACUCGGGUGAAGUAACCAUGUCAAAGCCGGUUCGCUCCGGAGACACUGAGAGAGGCAUUUACGAAUUGGUGAUCCGCGCGACGGACGCUGGUGUUCUGCCGUUGCACUCCGAGGCGAAGGUCCUCGUUCGCGUUGGGGUGCCGGGCAACCAGAAGCCUAUCUUCCGAGGAAACUACAAGUCGAACUUGCCGGGUCCCAGUACUUAUCGGGCGAGGCUCUUGGAGAACGCUGCUCCCGGAACGGAAGUCAUUCGAGUGAUCGCCAAUGAUCCCGACGGCAGGGACAAUCUGUUGCAGUAUUACAUCGCUUCCGGGUCCAAGGAUAACUUCGUCAUUGACUCCAGCUCGGGCAUCAUAACUGUGUCGCCGGACGCUCGCUUGGACCUGGAAGCCGGCGGUGAGAAGUACGAGGUGAUAGUGUACGCCGUUGAUUCAGGCACACCCGUCAAGGAAACUGCUACCACCACCGUCACGGUGAACAUCAUAGACGUGAAUAAUAAGCCGCCGACUUUCAAUGAGUCCACGUAUCAGGUUUACGUGUCGGAACGUGCAGCCAUUGAUGAACCUGUGCUGAAGGUGGUGGCGACCGAUCCUGACGCAGACGCCAAUCUCGAGUAUUCUCUGGUGGAACCGAUACGGGCCGUCGACAAGACUGGCGUGGCCUUGAAGAGCACCGCUUCUUACGACUAUAAGAGCGCUUUUCGCGUCAAUUCCACGACCGGCCUAAUAACCGUGAACCAAGUAUUGGAUUAUCAAGUGGUUGCCGUCGUGAUAUUGACGGUGCAGGUGCGAGACCUGAAUGCAGUCGUCGAUAAGGAUGAACAGGUGGCGAAGGUGGAGGUGACCAUCUACAUUCAGGCCUAUAGCGACGACAAUCCUACGUUCAAUAAUCCUGGAUGGUCGGCGAACAAUCCGACGAUAAAAAUUACGAUUCCGGAGGAGCAGCCGUUGGGCACGACGCUGUUGAUGCUGUCGGCGAAAGAACCGAUAACCGGAUAUCCGAUCCAAAGAUUCGAGCUGGUGAGAGAGGACGACGACGAAGGCUACGUCAAUGUAGGCGUUCAGAGCGGCAACGUGGUGUUGAACAGGAGAUUGGAUUAUGAGGAACUGAACCAGAAGUUUAUUCGCUUCAAAGUGCGAGCGCUCGCCAGGGACUACGACAUAACGCGAAAGAUGUCGGAGGCCAACGUGAUCGUCGAGAUUCAGGAUAUCAAUGACAACAGUCCGAUCUUCGGUCAAAAGGACUAUAAGAUUUCCGUGUUGGAGUCGGCCAAGUCCUCGAAGGUCGUGCUGAAUGUGGACGCGGUCGAUAUGGAUAGCUCCAGCACUGAACAGGAGAUCAAAAGGGGCUACGGCGAGGUGCGAUACUCUCUGACUGGCGAGAAUGCGAAUCUCUUCGAGGUGGACCCCAUAUUGGGUAACAUUCAGAUCGCCACCAACACGACUCUCGACAGAGAGAGGCAGUCGGUCUUGCGUUUCUAUGUCGUGGCCUCGGACAUGCCGCAAGGCGGAGCCGAGCAGCGAAGCAGCCGAGUUUUAGUGACCGUCGACGUAAUCGACGUCAAUGACAACGAGCCCAGCUUCGAGCAGGAAUUCUACACGGCGGUGAUUCCCGAGAACGCGCCGAUAGGAAUCAGCGUGGUGAACAUCACUGCUACCGAUCCUGAUGAAGGUGAAGGCGGGACGAUUAAUUACGAGAUCAUCGAUGAGGGUGAAGCCAACGGGCUGUUCAAAAUUAACCACACAACUGGCGAAAUUUACUCGGCACGAGCAUUGACAGGCAAGGGGAGAACCGAGCCCUACAACAUGCGAGUGCGGGCGGAAGACAAUGGCGAGCCAGUCUUGUUCUCAGACGUGGAUCUCACCCUGUACAUCGGAGACGUGGUGAGCAACGACGGCGUGCCGCUGUUCAUCCGACCGACGUUGGAAGAGGUGGCCUUCAUCUCCGAGAACUCCACCGUCGGCAGCCCGGUGUUCCAAGUAGUAGCGUCCGAUCCUGACGACCCGAAUCUGCCGAACGGCAGGAUCACCUUCCGCUUCCUGGAGGACGGCAACUUCGGUAAAGACGCGAGCGCCUUCAGGAUCAACGGCGAGACUGGACUGAUCAGCACUCGCAAGCUGCUCGAUCGCGAGGCCAAGGACAGUUACACGCUGAUCCUGGUGGCGCAGGACCUCGGCGAUCCGCCGCAGCAGGCGACCAGGGUGCUGCAGGUGAUCGUGAACGACAUCGACGACCACAAACCGCAUUUCAAGAGGAGCUUGGACAGUCCUCCGAUCGAGCUGAGCGUGUUGGAGGAGACAUCACUGGGCACGAAGGUCGGUGUAAUCGAGGCGAUCGACGAAGACAUCGGCGAGAAUGGGAUGAUCGAUUACGAGAUCGUGUACGGCAACGAGGCGGGGCUGUUCUCGGUUGAGCGGCUGGAGAACAACUCCGCCGUCAUCAAGUCAAACGGCCGUCUCGACCGGGAAAGCGCGGAGUCGCACUUGCUGACCAUCAAGUGCUUCAAGUAUACCUCGAGACGUUCGGACAUAGUUCCGAAACCGUACAAUAGGCAGGACCCUUCGGAGAGGCAGGUCCUCGUCAGGGUGUUGGACAUUGACGACAAUAAGCCGCGCUUUAAGAAAGACAACGUGACCUUGGGAGUUCGCUUGAACGUGCUCAUCGACACCAGCUUGAUCACCCUAGAGGCUGACGACGCCGACUCCAGCGCGUUGCCCAUCAACUACAACAUGAGCAAAGUCUCUUUCAUGUCCUUGGUGGACUCGUCCAUGUCUCAGAAGGAGAUCCCGUCGCAGUUGUCCUUGAACGCGCGCACCGGCGAACUCCGGACGACCGGCUCGAUGGCGGGCUACGCGGACGGCUUCAUGGAGAUGAUCGUGUCGGCGAACAACUCGGCGACGCCUGGCCGGGAGACCAAUAUCACUGUGAGGAUCUUCCUGCUACGCGACCGCGACAUGCUGAAGUUCGUGUUCUCGAAGCCGCCGGUCGAAGUCAGGAAGACUCUGGAGGACUUCGAGAGGGCGGUCCAGCAGGCGCUGUCUCUUCCCAUCAGCGUCAACGUCUACGACACGCAGUUUUACUCCAAGGAGGACAACUCCCUGGACUUCUCGUCCACCAGCUCGUGCUUCCAGAUGGUCGGCAAGGAGUCCUACGACCUGGACGAGAUGAGAGCCUUGUUGACCGAUCCGAAGAAUGAGGAGCUGAAAAAGGUUUACAGCGCUUAUCAUGUGGAGAAGGUGCAGCAUUGCGCGGCUUUGGUAGCGCGCGCUGACGCCUCCAUGACGCAGAUGUGGGUCUUGGCGAUCGCGGUCCUCGUUGGAGUCGCCACCAUCGUCUCCAGCUGCGCGCUAUGCUGCAUGCAUGCCAAGUAUAAACGGCAAGUAAAGCACGCGCGUUUGCGCGAUCAACCGCGACCGCCUCUCAGUUAUGUGUCUUCCGGCCCAGCUAUGGUCAGUGCUGGGUCUCACACGACGCUGGGCCCCGGUACAAUGGUGACACUGGGCCCACACGAAGGCCCGUACGAAUGGGGGGCCGAGACGACGCUCUAUCAUCCAAGCACGUUGGGCUCGAGAACGUAAAACAUAGAGAGAUCAGCACUAACAUGAGCCACAUCGACUUUCCUCUAGCAGAAAUUUACUUGUAAAGCUGACAAAAAUAUUUAACGACUAAAUCCAUUUCUUCAAUGUCACAUUGAGCGAUGGACAUUGACUCGAAGCAGAUUCUUCUGUGGGAAAGAGUUUGUUUUCUACUGUUGAAUCAGUGCCUACAUUCACGGGAUUUCAAAAAAGGCAACUGCGUGCAGUCGAAGCUUUUAUUGGAGAAAGAGAGAGAAGGAGAAUUAGUACUUUCAGUAUCCAGUAGUAGAAAACAAACCUACAGACUUACCUAGGAUCUAGUUCGCUUGUGGCUUCCCGAGAGAUUUGCCUGUCAGAGACAA